CUCCUUGUCAAAGAAGGAGAGUGUUGUUGUCGCGAGUCAAGACAUUGGACGGAGCAGCGGCUCCUUGCUCUUCUUCCCUGCGCAUAUAAAUAAGCCCUCUCCACACUUCCCCCCUUCUCAACCCACCACCAGCACCAGCACCAGCACCAGCACCAGCAGCACCGCCGCCCGCAGCCGCCGCCCGGAUGCCUCUCCGCCGCUCUUUCUCUCCCCGUUGAGCUCUCUGGCCAUGCGUUCUUGGGCUCCAGCUCGCUAAAGUCACGAGGGUCUUCCCGUCGCCGCCGCGAGGUUGCUCUCGUUCUUCUUCGUUUUCUUUUUUGUGGGGGGGCCGUGUGAGAAAAUGGAGGUGCCGAGGUUCUUCGCGAGCGCCGCGGGGAUCAAGCUGCCGAUCGGGUUCAGGUUCCGGCCCACGGACGAGGAGCUCGUGGUCCAUUACCUGAGGCGGAAAGUCCUGGCCGUCCCGUUGCCCGCCGCCGUGAUCCCGGAGCUCGAUGUGUUCGGGACUGAUCCCGGGGGCCUGCCAGGCAAUUUGAGGGAGAGGAGGUACUUCUUCAGCAGAAGAAAUAGGAGCUCCGGUGGCCGUGAGUGCAUCAGAGUCAAAGCUGGUUUUGGCUAUUGGAAGUACAAAACCAAGAGCAAGCAAAUCUUAGCUUCUGAUGGCACCGGAAACCAGGUCAUUGGGAUGAGGAAGACUCUGGUUUUCUGCGAAGGGAAGCGUUCGGCUUGUGAUGCCGCCGGCGCUCGAUGGAUAUUGCACGAAUUUACCAUCGCGGGCACUCGCGAGAACUCAAAAUCGACCUCGAUGGCUCGCGCGGGAGAUGAAAAUUGGGCGGUCUAUCGGCUGUUCCAGAAGAAAACGAGGCCCAAGAGAAGCGACAAUGGCAAUGGCGAUUUUUCUCAUCGCAAGAGGAAGAAGAGUAGUUCAGUGAUUGAUCUCAGGAGUGAAGCCAUUGCUGGUGAUUCACCAGACACUCCUCCCCCGCCAUCAUCUCCAUGUUCAAGCUCAAUCACUGACAAUGGCUCUUCUUGCAAAGCGUUGGAUCAGGAGGAUAUUAGCAGCUCUUCUCGCUAGUUUUUUUAUCCAUCUACUUAGAUUUCAGAUGCAGUAAAAUCGACCUCUCUUUUUUCGCCGAAUCAUUAGUCCUUUCUCGCACAGCGAAAUUACACAUUGCCAGCCCAAAAGAGGCGGGGAAAGGAAACGAAGUGCCAUUUUCACAUUUCAAUUGGAGAAUUUUCUUGCUCU